UGUAACAGUUUUACUAUCAGUAAUGGAGAACUCCUGGACGUUGCUGUUGGCAUAUAUCCCAGCAUGUCUUUGUUAAACCACAGUUGCGACCCAAACUGCUUGAUUGUAUUUGAUGGAAAAUGCCUUCUCCUUCAAACAAUCAAAGAAAUCUCAAAGGGUGAAGAGCUCACAGUAAGUUACAUUGAUGUGAACAGGCCCAGCCACAUUCGCCAAAAGCAGCUUCAGCGCCAGUACUGCUUCAUCUGUAAUUGUCAUCUCUGCCUGACGAAAGAUAAGGAUGAAGACAUGUUGGCAGGGGAUCCGCAAGCUUCAAAAGAGGCAGAGGGAUCAAUUGCAAGGCUGGAGGAGCUGAAUUUCCAGGAAAAAUGGCAGGAGUCCUUAGAUCUUUCCAGGUCCCUGAUCAGAUCUUACAGUGGUCGGCUUCCAGAUAAAAACAUCUAUCAGCUGGAAUUACUGGAUUUAGCCAUGGAUGCGGCUAUUGCUCUCGAACUGUGGGAGGAGGCCUUGCAUUUUGGUUUAAGAACCUUGGAGCCCUUUAGUCUGUAUUAUCCACACAGUCACCCAGUGAGGGCACUACAGAUAAAUAGAGUGGGCAAGAUACAGCUUUUCCUAGAAAUGUAUCCCGAAGCCAUGAAAAUGCUUAAACAGGCCUUUGAUAUAAUGAAGAUAACCCACGGAAAAGACCACAUUCUGAUGAAGGACCUGAUAGAUCUUUUAAGGGAAUGUGAAGCCAGCAUGAAAACAAAGUAGAGAUGUAUUCCAUAAUGAUACAGUAACACAGCUACAGCACAUUUUUUUGCCUAAAGAACAUAUUGCUCCAAUUACAUUUUUUUGUUGUGUAUUACUUUACCUUAAGUAGUAAUAAAUCAUGAAUACUUCUGUUGUGGAAAUAUGCAAAUUGAGGGAACUCAGAUUUCAUUACUGUACAAAAAUAUAUGUAGCUUAUAAAUGCAUUUCAUAUAUUUCAAUUUUUCUCACAAUUAACUCAAUUAUUAGACAUUCCGUAAGCAUUUUAUUCACUCAGUUUUCAGAAAUCAGAUAUUAUUAUUUUUGUUUAUUGGAAGGAAACCAUAUAUACAUGAACGUUACAUAAACAAUGGUUCUGUUUCAAUACUGUAAACUCUUUUCAGGAGAAUCAUUUUGUAUACAGCCAUCUGCUAACUGUACAUGUCUGUUCUUUCUGAAUAUUAAUAAACUCCAUCUAUGUGAAGCAAA